AUGCUGUCAGUGCUCAAGUCUCUCCAGACGCUGACACGGACUUCUCUCGGACGCGCCAUCCACGCGGAACAUAACACCGUGGAGACGAGCCAUGUCUUCCACAUCGGAGCCGGGUGCCCAGAGGAUCGCCAAUGCGAGGGACGAGAGAAGGUGGAACCGGGUGAGCCGCCGCCGCUGAAGGCAACAUCUCCUCGGAGACACCCAAUGACGACGGAUCUGCCGCUUUCCCUCCAGCUCUCGGACGGCAUGUCCCGCUUCCACGAGUACUUCAAGGCAGAGUCUCGCUUCCCCCGCCAUGUGGGCACGUCCCGCGGCGCAGUCAACGCGAUCUACGAGAUGGCGGACGGCUCGUUCAGCAAGCGCGGCAUGAACCUGCGGAUGUACCUCUCCUCGGCGGGCGAGCUCCGGAAACAUCUCACCGUGCACCACACGAUCGAGGAGCGCCACAUAUUCCCUCUGCUCGCGAAGCGCAUGCCCACGUUCAAGGACGACGAGCAGCACAUCAAGAGCCACCACGGCAUUCACGAGGGUCUCGACAAACUUGGAGCCUUCAUCGAGAAGUGGCUGGCGGAGCCGGCGACGUACAGCCCCGAAGAAAUGAAGGCGUGCUUGGACGGCUGGAGGGAGGUGCUGUUCAGGCACCUAGACGAAGAGGUUGAGGAUCUCCGCGGGGAGAAUAUGAAGAAAUAUUGGACCCUGGAAGAGGUCGACCGGAUUGUGGUAUAG